AUGCAGUUUAUGUUAAACCUUCGUGUUACCCACGGUGUUCCUCUCUGUCUCUCCGGAAUCACCAACCCUCUCGCUCUUUCCAAAGAGAUGGCAGAUCACGAUCGUAGAAGAAAAGCCAUGAGAAAGCAAAGAUCAGUACAUGCAAAUCAAGAUAAGCGCUCUCAAAGGAACAGUAAUUUCGUUGAGAUCAAAGGUGGUGAAUCUGGUGAAGGUUAUGAUCAGGAAGAUCUGGAGGAAAUCUUGUAUCAAUUGUCUCGUAGUUAUUAUCUUACAGGUUUAUCAGCAAAAGCUGCUUGA